AUGAGGGUCUCUGCGGGACUUCACAGCUCCUGGCUCUGGUAUGCUGGUGUUGGAGUCCUGCUACCAGGCUUGAUCGCCAACGCCAGUCCGGCUGUGAACGUGGCGCUCCAAGCCUCCUUUGACUCGGCACCAUACCUUGUCGAGCUCUUGGAGUCAGCGGCCGAAGAAAACUCCACCUCCUAUUUUCCUUUGUUGGAUCGCAUCGCCGACGGCACCUUCGAGGAGCUCACAACUGAGAAAGAGCUCUACGACCGCUUCUUGACGGUUGUUCAAGAUGACGGUCAUCUGCAGACUCCCGAAAGUCUUUCGUCUUUCAAGCUAUCGCUUUCGAUACGGUCUUUGGCUCCUCGCAUUCAGACACACUUCCAAUUCUAUAACACCUCGGUUCAGCAGUCGUUGAUGGUUGCCCAAGAUGCAGUAUGUCCAGUCUGGGUACAUUCAGAAGGCAAGCAGUAUUGCUCUUCUGCAAUGGAACGCGCGCAGCAAGAUGUUGUUGGAGAAAUGGACUCGAGAGAGUUACCAUUUGAUCGCGUACUGGGCGAUUUGUCGCUUCCUCCCGCCGUUUUAUAUGCGGAUAUUUCCUCUCCAAUGUUCAGGGAUUUCCAUGAGAUCCUAAGUGAGAUGGCCAAACAGGGACAAAUUUCGUAUCGUGUGCGCUACCGACCUCCUCAACACUGGGUUCCUCGUUCUCUAUUUGUCUCUGGAUAUGGCGUCGAACUUGCUUUGAAGCGAACGGAUUAUAUAGUGAUUGAUGACCGUGAUGCCGAGCAGCUCGAGGAACAAGGCGACAAAAUUCUCCCCACUGACCUCGAUGAGAUCAAAGAAGAUGCCCCGGAUGAUCUCCAGCCUCUUUCUUCCUCCGAGGUGGCCCGUCUGGGCAUAAAUUCUGCGAGCUACGUAAUGGACAGUGCUGAUCCGUUGGGGACAUUGAUCAAGAUGUCCCAGAAUUUCCCCAAGUAUUCGUCGAUCGUUGCUGCCCACGAUGCCUCCGAAGAACUGGCGCAGGAGAUCCAUCAUAAUCGGCUAAAAAUGCUCCCGGGUGGCUACAAUGUCAUGUGGAUCAACGGUGUGCAAAUGGACACACAGCAGAUUGAUGCAUUUUCACUUCUAGAGCAUCUCCGCCGCGAGAGGAAACUAAUCGAAAAGUUCCGCGGCCUGGGUCUUUCUGCAAAUGAUGCAGUGAAACUGCUCUGCCACCGACUUCUCACUGAAUCCCAGGCUGGUGGUGAGGAACAACGGUAUGACUAUCGGGACAGUUUAGAAGGAAACCAGGUCAUUAUCUGGUUGAACAACCUGGAGAAGGAUUCUAGAUACGAGUCUUGGCCUAGUGAUCUUGAGGCGUACGUUUCUAACUCUUACCCGGGGCAGUUGCCCCCGGUGCGCCGGGAUCUACACAAUGUCAUCGUGUCUAUGGACUUGUCUGACCCAGAACAAAUGAUGAUUGCCGCUGGAAACUUGCACACCUUCAUCAAGCGAGGAAUUCCUGUGAGAUUUGGCUUGGUACCUACUAGUACAUCGCCGGAGUCCAUCGCACAGCUGAAGGUGGCACAUCACCUUUUCAAUUUCUAUGGCCUGGAGUCUUUCAUGCAGUAUCUUGAAGAGUAUGCCUCGAAAGGCAAAAGAGGCCUACCGGAUAACUCGUGUUUCCAGUCUGCCAUCAAGGAACGCGACAUUGUUGGCGAACAUGAAGCUUUAUCUCUUGAUCAGGUCCUAAAAAGCGAGAAAUACAAUGCCCUGGUCUCUCAAACGUCUGCUUACCAGCGCCGAUUGAGUCUAACCGGCAACGCACCCCACUUCUUGGUGAAUGGUCUCCCAGUCUCCCGCGAAGGCAACUGGAUGCAGGCCAUGAGCAUGCAGAUCAGCAAAGACUUGAAUUUGAUUCAGCGGAGCAUUGUGCAAGGCAUUUUUGAGGAGGACGCAUGGUUGCCGGAGUUUUUCCUUAUGGGUGCACUUGAAAGCCGCAAUCUUCUCCUCAUGCCCGAGGAUCCCAAGGGUGUAAAGAUUGUGGAUAUUGCCCAUAUCCUUGCUUUGGACGAACAGUCAUCGAACAAGAUACCUCGCCUUCCCUCGGGAAAAACAGCUCUAGAAAGCGCUCAUAUGAUUGCUGUGGGUGAUUUUGAGACCAAGGAGGGUCUGAAACUCCUCGCCGAUGUUCUCAAUCUUCGGAAGGAUAAUGAUGAUCUGGAGAUUUUGAUACUGCACAAUCCGGCAGAUGAUACUGAUGAUCCUCUUCCCGGCUUCCACUUGACUCUCCGUCACUUGCUUGCGAAGGGCGAGAGUCUUGGGCAAGUACUGGCUAAGGUCGUAUCCAAGGAUAUCGAUGAUGAUGAAAUUACAGAGAUGAAAGGCCAAGAAAUCUUUGCUGUUCAAGCGUUGCAUGAGGAUCUAGUCGGGGAGCUUGGAUUCAAGCCUGGUACCGAAGGUCUUGUUGUUAACGGAAGGGUAGUCGGCCCUCUCCAGAAGGAAUACCCAUUGACCGUGAACGAGUUGAGUCAACUGAUUGCUUACGAGCGGGCGAGACGCAUCGAUCCCGUUGCAGCUGCUGCUGACGAACUCGGAUUCGAUGCUAAGAUCUCAAACCCACUUGAUUUCGCUAAAUUGACCUCGCUCGUGGCCCUCUCUACGAUCUCAGAUGUCCCCGAGGGAAUGGUUGAAAACACUCCUGACUUCAGAAUGGCUGUGUCCGAUAAGUGGAGGACCGAACACUCUGUGAUCAUGGUUUCAAACUCCGACGAUCCCGCAAUCAACGUUGCAGUUAGCCUUGAUCCGGCAUCUGAGGUUGCUCAGCGAUGGUUGCCAAUCCUCAAGGUCCUAUCAGAACUUUCCGGCGUUCAGCUGAAGGUUUUCUUGAACCCGAAAGAAGGGCUUACGGAGCUUCCGGUCAAGCGAUUCUAUCGCUAUGUUUUGCAAUCAGAGCCGUCGUUUACAGACGAUGGGACUUUGGCUCGGCCUCAUGCAUCUUUCACGGGCGUCCCAGUUGAAGCACUUCUGACUCUGGGCAUGGAUGUGCCGUCGUCUUGGCUUGUAGCACCCCAGGAAUCAGUUUAUGACUUGGACAACAUUAAACUAAGCUCGGUUAAAUCCGACACUGAUGUUGAUGCCAUCUACGCCCUCGAGCACAUUCUGAUUGAGGGCCAUUCUCGUGAUCUUACAACGAAGGCUGCCCCCAGAGGCGUUCAGCUCAUUCUAGGCACCGAAAACAACCGUCAUUUCGCCGAUACUAUCAUCAUGGCUAAUCUGGGAUACUUCCAGUUCAAGGCGCAACCAGGCCUCUGGCAGAUCAAUUUGAAGCCUGGCCGUAGCGAGAAGCUCUUCAACAUUGACAGCGUUGGUGGUCUAGGAUACCGCCCGCAGCCUGGCGACGAGAACAACGAGGUUGCUUUGCUGUCUUUCCACGGGCGAACCCUGUUCCCUCGCUUAUCGCGCAAGCCAGGCCACGAGGAGGACGACGUCCUAGAGACAGGAGCCCAGCCAGGCUCGAAGAUGGACUAUUUCGCUAAGGGACUCAACUUUGCAUCCAAUGUCCUGUCCAGUGUCGGUGUCGGCUCCAAGAGCGGAGGCGAGCAACACGCAGAUAUCAACAUCUUCUCCGUGGCAAGUGGACAUCUCUACGAGCGCAUGCUAAACAUCAUGAUGGUCUCCGUAAUGCGGCACACCAAGCACACCGUCAAGUUCUGGUUCAUUGAGCAAUUCCUCUCUCCCUCUUUCCGCGCCUUCCUCCCCUCCCUCGCCCGCGAAUACGGCUUCUCCUACGAGAUGGUAACAUACAAAUGGCCGCACUGGCUGCGCGCCCAGAAAGAAAAACAACGCGAGAUCUGGGGAUAUAAGAUCCUCUUCCUGGACGUCCUCUUCCCCCUGUCUCUAGACAAAGUCAUCUUCGUGGACGCGGACCAGAUCGUUCGCACGGACAUGUACGAGCUCGUCACUCACGACCUCCACGAGGCUCCCUACGGCUUCACGCCGAUGGGCGACUCCCGAACCGACAUGGAAGGCUUCCGCUUCUGGAAGCAGGGCUACUGGUCCACCUUCCUUCGCGGCAAGCCCUACCACAUUUCGGCAUUAUAUGUCGUUGACCUGAACCGCUUCCGGGAGCUUGCUGCCGGUGACCGUCUGCGCGGCCAGUACCAGAUGCUCUCUUCGGAUCCGAACAGUCUCAGCAAUCUCGACCAGGACUUGCCGAAUCAUAUGCAGCAUCAUAUCCCCAUCCAUAGUCUACCGCAGGAGUGGCUUUGGUGUGAGACUUGGUGCUCUGAUGAGGAUUUGGGUCAGGCGAAGACCAUUGAUCUUUGUAACAAUCCUCUUACCAAAGAGCCGAAGUUGGAGAGGGCUAGGAGACAGGUUCCUGAGUGGACGGUCUAUGAUGAUGAGAUUGCGGCUUUGGCUAGUCGGGUGGCUGGCGAGCAGGCUGCUGCUGGCGUUGAGUUUGCGCAGACUGGCGAGGACCGCAAAGAUGAAUUAUAG